AUGCAACUGCCAGCAAGAAUUCUGAAGUAUCAUCAAGUCAUCCUUACCGCUCUCAGCAGCGAACAAGACCUCAACGUGCCAGUCGGGCAUGCCUUAGCUGCCGCAAAAGUCUAUCUUGGUUCCGACAAUAACGCCAGUCAACAACAAGAUGGUAGAGUCAUAUACUUCAAUUAUGACAAAGGCCACACAUCUGAAAGACCCGACCGCAUUGAAGAGCUGAUCAUAGACGAAGAGGUUGAAGAGCUUGUCAAUAAUACCGACCAACCUGGACCAGAAACGGAUCAAGAUUGCCAUAUUGAUGUAGGCGACUUGGGCGAUCUGCUGCAAGGACCGAGUAUCAUUACCUCUACACACAAGUCAGCAGCCGACAACCAGCAAGACGGGUUUGCUGGGCUUCCAGGUUUUAUUAAAAAGCCGUCAUUCGCUGACCCUGGUUACACGUCCUUUCUACAAUCACGGGGUGUGUUUUCGUUACCACCGACCACUAUACAAUGCGAGCUUAUCAAAUCGUUCGUCGAGUACAUUUAUCCUCGUAUGCCGUUGUUGGACCUGGAAGCCUUCUUGGCUUGCAUCACUUGUCCCGGUGGUACUAAGGGCCAGCUCAGUCUUGUCCUCUAUAGUGCCAUUCUAUUUUCUGGCUCAAUCCACCUUGAUCGGGAGGUUGUAUGCCGAUAUGGAUAUUCCGACAAAAAGCUCCUGGGAAAGGAGCUUUAUAAGCGGACCCAGUUGCUAUUCGAUCUUGAAAAGAAUCCGGAUAAGCUAGCAGCUAUCCAAACAGCGCUCUUGCUGACCUGUCGCGGGGUACCAAACGAUGAAGUCAAAGGCUCGUGGUACUGGGUCAACACGGCAAUAUCAAUGGGGUACUCUAUCGGGCUGCAUCGCACUUCUACAACUACAGAUUUGCCUCCACGAAAGCGUAGACACUUAACUAGGCUGUGGUGGUGUUGCCACGUUCGAGAUAGUGUUCUCUCAUUGGGAAUGGAUAGACCAACUCGGAUAAAGGAGCAGGACUUCAACGUCCCUAUGCUGGAAGCUGCGGAUCUAGAGUCUGAUGUUCUUAUAAAACGACACUCGCUACUCCAGCAUGGCCAUACCAGGUUAAGUGUUCUCAUCAAUCAGAUCCUAGAGCUGCAAGCAGAAGCAAAGUCUCAACAGGAUGAAGGUGAACCAGUGCCAGCCAAUAACACCCACAAUUUUAAAAGCCUACACGCAGUCGAUGCUUCACUCAGAUCGUGGAAGAGAGCGCUUCCUAGAUCAUGUUGCUACAGACCACUGGUAGGUCGCAAUGGGGAGUUUGGUGGAACACCAAUUGAUGUCCGCAGGCAUCUGCUUCACAUGAUCUAUUACACAGCUCUCUACACGCUCCACAAGCCACAAUCACUACCCAGUUCUCUGCAUCAGUUCACAGGCAGAAACGUCUCCCAGUCCCAAGAGGUGUCCAAGUCGGUUAUUUUAGAAUCGACCGACAAUAUCACGCGCCUCGCAGCCGAACUUAAUCAACAUAAUAUGGAUUGCAACUUGCCUGUCGGUGCUAUGACAGCCGUUUACCCUGCCAUAUCCAUGCAUGUGUUGAACAUGAAGAGCCAGAGCAAAGAAGUAAGGGAUAGGGGACUUGUCGGCUUCCGACUGUGUAUCAGGGUAUUGAACAAGAUGCAAACUUUAUACUCAGCAGCCGAGGUUACGCUCAGCUUCCUGGAGACAGUUGUGUCUAAAGCAUCCUUAACCGGCCUGGGCCGCGAUGCAUUUCAAUUUGAUCAACAGACUCAAGCGGAUCCGAUGGCUACUUUUCAAGCCUUGACGAUGCAAGCUUCUCAAGAAAUGGCAGAAGGGUCGACAGUACCUUCAACAUCUUGGAACAUGAGUUCAAGCAAACAGCCCGAGGCACCUGAUGUUUUUAGCGACAUUGAUCUCAACAUAAAUGAUGAGUUUCGCACAGGAGGAGUAACAGGAGCCCCACUCCAAGAUAUACCAUAUGGACUUGAUCUUGACUUCCACGCAACUGAGAACGAUACUUGGAUGGAAGACAAUCCGCCAGGAUCAGGAAUGAAUGACAACAGCAACGAUGUGUAUGCGGCACCAUCUUCUCAAUGGUUGAAUCCGAUGUUACCCUUUAAUCCAUCAUGA